AUGGGAGUUGCAGGCUUAUGGGCGGAGCUUGAACCAUCUCAAACGACCACCACCUUCACCGCUCUCGCACUCACAAAAUUAGAUUCCCCAAGUCGUGGUUUCCGUAUUGGAAUCGAUGCGUCGAUAUGGUUCUUUCAUGCAGAAUACGGAAAAGAAGGAGAAAACCCAGAACUCCGUACCCUUUUUUUCCGAUGUGCCCAACUUACCAACCAUGGAUUGUUACCCUUGUUCGUCUUCGAUGGCCCAAAACGACCGGACUUCAAACGUGGAAAGAGGAUAUGUAAAUCAUCGCAUAAAUUAGUUAGCGGAAUGAAAGGAAUACUGGAUGCUUUUGGCUUUGAAUAUCGAACGGCACCUGGAGAGGCCGAGGCUGAACUCGCAUUCUUAAAUCGCAUUGGGGUUAUAGAUGGAGUCUUGUCCGACGACGUGGAUAACUUCUUGUUCGGUGCUCGCACUGUGAUCCGCAAUCACUCUUCCACCCAUCCGACCGCUGCUGCUUCCAGUUCACUUGAAAAAUCGAAAGUCGUUGUUUAUACUUUACCUCAUCCUGAUCUUCCCAACUUUGAGCCCGCCGACAUUAUCUUCAUCGCGCUAUGCUCGGGCGGAGACUACGACGCUACGGGCAUACCUUCAUGUGGCAUCAAAAUCGCCUCUGGUCUCGCUCGAGCAGGUUUUGGCAAGAGCCUGUAUCAGGCAGCCACCACUAUGGACAAGGAAUCCCAAGAACUGCGCAAUUUUCUCAGGGAUUGGCGAAUUGGAAUUGCACAUGAGUUGACGACCAACUCCUCUGGGUUCCUACCUAUGAAGAAGCCAUCUAUCGCGAAAAAGAUUCCGGAUACCUUCCCAGACAUUGAAGUUCUAUUUUCCUACGUGAGUCCAGUCACCAGCGAAACUUUAGGUCGUUUGGAUCUCUACGACGACCUAAUAGUGGGCCAUAAUCAAGCAAAUGGUUGGCUGAAGAAGGACCCCUCCUUACCCCAGCUUGCCAGCAGUUGCGAACUUCACUUUGAGUGGGGGGUCAUGGACACCAUCAUUAAACGCUUCCGCACUGUGAUUUUUCGUGGGGUUGUUCUCCGGAUCUUGCGACGCGCCAUCUUGGUCAAGGACAACGACCGGCAUUCACAGGGUUCUUGCGUCGCCUUGGACGCGAAGUUCAUAAAGGAACAUUUUUCAUUUUUCGGGAACGCUCAUGGCGAAUACGCUACAGAACUCCCUGGAGAGUCUUAUCCGCUACUGGCCAGCAAGAUCCAUUCAACUCGCACUCAUCCCUCAACCUCGAAGACGCCAGAAUACAGGCUGGAAAUAGACCCUACUAUCCUUGUGAAACUGACUGCGAACGGCGUCAAGGGCAUACGCAAAGUUGACGCAAACGAGUGGGCUUACCUUGAUGAAGAGGAGGAAGAGGCAUCAGACAACGAUUCGGGGAAAACGCCUGGUGGAUCUCAAAAAGUGCACGAUCCGUACGAAAAGCUUCGUGUAUGGAUAGCGGCUGACUUGAUGAGAUGUGCUCUCCCGACGUUAGUAGAUGAGUACGAGGAAGGACGAAGAAAAAAGGAGGAGAAGAAGACGAAGAAAGGGACGCGCGGAACCACAGCGUCGCCUACAAAGUCCAAGACAAGACCCAAGGCGAAUGUGAAUGUCAGUGAACCUGUUACCAGCCGGCCGCUUGCUCGGGACGAUAAGGAAGGCAAGGCGGAAACUGUCGUUCCCCUUCGUUCUAAACCUGGUGCCGUGAAAGCCAAGGCUCAGUCAGCUCCUUCUCUAAGGACCACGAACCUCGCCUCUGCCCCUGUGCCUCGAAAUGCUAAAAGUAAGCUCCUUGCUGCUUUGGACGGGGCCUUACUCUCUUCCGACGAAGAGAUUGACCACGUCCUUUUGGGAGCCGGUAUUUCCCCGAAACCACCUAAGCCCUCAAAGCCUCCACAUUUAACCCGAUGGUUCUCGGGUGAUCCGGAAUAUGAGGCCUCCAAUCCAGCCCCUUCAGAAACAGCAAUGAAGGCUCUUGUCAAAGGGAGCUCGAAAAGGGGCACGAGGACUGGUGUUUCGACCAAGACUAAAAAGUCCCACACGAACGACAACGGAAUUAACUCUUUCUACAAUGUACAGAAAGCCCGUGCGUUAGAUCCUACUACUACCAGUGGCAAAGGUAAAGGCAAGGCGACAGCUCCCUCUGCUGCACAAAGGUACAUUGCAAUAUGCAAUCGACUUGACGGCGCUACCGAUGAUGAAACCGCGUUUCCCGACGCCGAUGAGCUCUUUGGAUACUUUUCUGCGAAACCUGCCCCAAAACUGACUUCAUCACCGUCACGACCCAUGUAUCCUGAUGAUGAUUUGUUCCGCCCACCUGCAGGACCUCCCGAUACACCAUCCCCACGAAAGAACCCCGUUAUGGUUAAUGGGCGCAAGAAAAACUCUAUAUCGUCUGACGACGGGUUCGGAUUUUCGGCAGAGAAAGAUAAGUCAAAUAAAUCACCUCGUAAAUCUUCAGAACACACAUCACCUGGAAAAAGAUUCUCUGACGGUAGAACACGUCCGGGUGGGGCCCGGACUAUAUACACUAUUACACAUCCGUCACGGUCCAGGCGAGCGUGUUCACCUACACCUGCCAACAGGGAUACCGCUCCAUCAGGAGUAACACGAGCGGUUCGGAAACCACUACCUGUCAUCGAUAUCUCAUCCUCUGACUCGGAAUCGGAAACCGACGGGAAAUCGACGACCGUUUUGAAACCAGCGAAGAAGGUCUCAGGAUUGACACCUUUGGAGGCAGCACGUGCAAGGUCGAGAAAUAAGACAUAUGGAAACACGGACAGCAAAUGUACAGCUAUCAACGCAGCGCGCUGCCUCGUUGCCUUUGGUGCUCCUGCGCAUGUCCGUGUUUAUCCUGGAGCUUCUAAACCUCUCAUUCAACCUACAAAACACGCUCCGGAAAUUCACGGACCUGAUGGACUAGGUGGUGUUGAAGGUCUCCCAAGUGUAGACGACUCUGCGGUCCUUGCACACAUCGCCCGAGACGCCGACGGAACAUCUGCAAAUGCAUUAGAGGGUAUGUCAAAACAUAUUAAAGAAACUUGGGGAAAUGGUUCGGGGUCAAAGGUAACUGUCAUCUCGAGUGGACCGAUGACGAACGUCGCGCUUUUUGUCGCGGUGUAUCCGGAGUUGUUGGUAGCCGUGGAGGAAUUCGUAUUCAUGGGCGGUGGCGUUGGACUAGGAAACCGGUCUGCAGUUGCAGAAUUCAACAUUUUCUGUGAUCCUCAUGCUGCUCAAAUGGUCCUCGAUGCUCCUGUUCCGGCCGUAAUGAUCCCCAUCAACGUUACUCACACCGCGAUCGUCACCAAAGAUAUACACUGCCAACUUCUCUCUCCAGGUUCCCGAGGGUUGAAAGGAAAUCUUCCACCGGCAAGCAGCAACUUGCGAUACACCCUUUCCACGCUCAUAAGCUUUUUUGCUGAAGCCUACAAAUCCACCUUCGGAUUUAACCUUGGACCUCCUUUGCACGAUGCCCUUACUGUAGCCUAUGUCGCCUAUCCUAUGCUCUUUAGAUCAAAACGAUAUAGAGUAGACGUUGAGUUAGCUCCCAGUCACACUAUUGGCGAAACGGUGGUAGAUGUAUGGGGUUAUCGACAUUCCUCCGAGGAUACCUGGGGAGUUGGUGGGAAAAAUUGCAUAGUCACCGAAUCUUUAGAUGUAGCGGCGUUUUUCGAUUACUUCCUUGCGUGUGUAGCGCGCUGCGACGCCAUCUCUCCUCUGAAUGGAUGA